UGAUCAAGUCGGUCUGCGUGUCACUACUAGUUGCCCGGCAACUGCUCAGACGCUUUUCACUCCUCCGGAAGUGCGUGGCUCUGAGGAAAUAUGGCGCACAGAGCAGUGCAUAUACCAGUGGUGUUUAUUGCUUCAAUAUACUCUUUUGCUUCCCUCUGUUUGUUUAUUUCCGUCGCUUUCGCAGCGCUUGGAGCAGCAAACGCCGACAAUGUGUUCAGUGCGAGUCAAACAGCCACCGUGUCCAUCGGCGCCGCCAGAGAUUUGCGGUACCUUUUGUAUGACGUGAAUCCCCCGGAGGGUUUCAACCUGCGGAGAGAUGUCUACAUCCGCAUGGCCUCCCUGGUGAAGACUUUGAGAAAGGAGGGGGAUGACUGGGUGUUGGUCCUUCCCCCUUGGGGUCGCCUCUACCACUGGCAAAGCCCCAGCAUCCACCAGAUCCGCAUCCCGUGGGGGGAGUUCUUCAGCCUCACCAGCCUGCAGGCCAAUGUGCCUGUUAUUGAGUAUGAGGAAUUCAUUGCUGAGAACGGAGGCCCAUUCAUAGACCAGGUUCUGGUCCUGCAAAACUACGCAGAGGGAUGGACUGAUGGGAAAUGGGAGGAAAAAGUCGACAGGCGACCUUGCAUUGACAAGUUGAUGUACUCCAAAGACAAACAGGGUUACUACAGGGGCUGGUUUUGGGGCUUCGAGGAGACGAGAGCUCGAAAUGUAACAUGUGUAUCAGCCCAGGGCCACGCGUCCAUCAUGGCCCCAGUUCUUCAGAAAAACAUCACAGUGACAUCAGUCAUGCUUGACCGAGCAGAGACACUCCUCCAUGAUCACUAUGCUGGGAAGGACUACUGGGAUACCCGCCGCAGUAUGGUUUUUGCCAAGCACCUGAGAAUCAUUGGAGACGACUUCAGAGCAAAGUACCUGAACUCCACAGAUGACAGAGACUACACGGUUUACAGUGAGGACUGGACCCGCAUGAAAGCCAAGCUGGGCUCAGCUAAAGGUGGUCCAUACCUGGGGGUCCACCUGCGCAGGAAGGACUUUAUCUGGGGCCACAGAGAGGACGUCCCCAGCCUGAAGGGGGCAGUCAAAAAGAUCCGCAGCUUGAUGAAGAAGCAAAAAUUGGACAGCGUGUUUGUCGCAACAGAUGCAGAUGGGGAAGAAUUGAAGGAGCUCAAAAAGUUGUUGCCAGAGAUGGUGCGUUUUGAGCCGUCCAUCGAGGACCUGGAGCUCCUCAAAGAUGGAGGGGUGGCCAUCAUUGACCAGUGGAUAUGUGCACAUGCAAGAUUCUUUAUUGGAACAUCAGUUUCCACUUUCUCUUUCCGGAUCCAUGAAGAGAGGGAAAUCCUGGGCUUUGACCCCAAAACUACAUAUAAUCGUUUCUGUGGGGACACUGAGAAAGAAUGUGAACAGCCCACACACUGGAAAAUAGUUUACUGAUGUUACCUCUGACACGAGACACACACAAGUGCCAAAAUCAGUGGUAGAAGUGACAUUCAUUUGUAUGGAAUAGAUAAGAUAUUUUAAGUGUUUAAUGGUGUAUUUUUUCACUUUUAUGGUUUCAGAAUUGUGCAAUUAGGUCUGUAGUGACCACUGUGACUGAACCUUGAGCUCAAAAAGACAAGAAUGGGUGGCCAAACAUGUGUUACUGUAACGUUCAAGUAAACCUGCAUAUGUUUUGUAUGUCGAACGUGGAUUCCUUCACGUAAUUUAUGACGUGUCACAAACAAAAAAGAGUGUCUUAUCAUGUCUGCCACAAACAGUGUUGAAUGGAAGCAUUCUCAGUUUUACAUUAUGAGAGAUUCAAAGAUGUUGAGCAUCUUAACUUUGAAUAUUCUUCUUGGUUUGUUUUGUUUUCAAAAAUGACACCACAUAUGUGUGGAGUAGCAUUCAGAGGUCACAAAGACAGUAUGGAGAUUUUUAAUUUUUAAAGGUACCCUGUGAGUAUUCUUGGGAACAAGUAAAGUUAUGUUGAGUGGUGGACUUGAAAAUUAAAGGGCACUAGUUGUACACGGUGGCACACAAGCACACAGAAAGGGCACUGGGAGGGCACUUUAUUAUGUCUCACCUACCAAAGAGGCAUCUAGGAUGUCUUUUUUCAAACAUGGGGGGCACUGAAUGCAGGUCUUUCCUCAUAAAACAUUAGCAAAACUUCCUCUUGAAGUUCUCGAGAAGUCUUCUGCUAUACUGCCUUUUAUUUGCGCCUUUCUUCAUUUCUUUCACGUGUGUCAUCGCCCCUGUGCAGAUUAGUAGAUUAAUAUUAAACUGGCGGGAGGAGAAGCAUAUUGUGUUGCCACGCUUAAGUGCACAGGCAUAUGCGUUCUUGUGCCUUUGCACAAGAGCCAAACAAAAAAGGGAUCCACUCACAAAAAUCCAGCUCCACUGCACUAUGAGUGAACAAAAGCUCUACAGGGUACCUUUAUAAUAUUGCUCAUGAUUUGUUGAAAGAAUGUGUGUUUCCUUGUUUGCGUGGAAUGACUUUCCCCCCUUAUUUCCUAUUUUUAUGCAGUGCCAGUAUUAACAUUUGUUACGUGGGAUUACACUAUUAAUGCUCAAUCCCUUCUCUUUGAACCACAGACUAUAGUGUUUUUAUUUGACAUAUAUUAUUAUGGUGUUUUAGCUAAUGUUGCUACCAAUGAAAGAAAUAUGAAAUGCCACGAAGGAGCCACUGUGUCUUUUCAACACUAUCCAGCCGCUAAGCUGUUAAUUAACAACACACCCUACUUUUUCCACUCGUGAGCAUGCCCACGUUUUAAAGUUUGUAUGCUAUGAGCAUUGUCUCAUGGCUUGGUUUGUACAGUGGAUGUGUGAUUUUGGUGUUGAAUAAAAGUUUUUGCCAGAGAUUAAAUGUGGCAGAAAACAAAUGUGUGAAAAUAAAAACAAAGUUGUUUUUUUUUUUUGUUUUUUUGCUGUACUGUUUGCGAGCCUUGAAAUGAUGAUUAAAAUGUUAUUGUGUAAAGAUUGUUCAAAGGUUAUAUCUUAGUCAGGCUUGUUCA